GUUGUCAAGUAAAAUACGGCACAGUUUACAACAUAGUUUUGGACCGUGCUUAAAGGAUGCGAUCAAUUUGUGCGUGUCAGAGGUUAAAGUAUCCUCGUAAUUUUUCCGUGUUAAUUUGAGCAUAAAAAACUGGAAGGUUGAAGGUCAAAUUUAGGCGAAAAUUGGUCACAUCCUUUUUGCAAAGGGGUCUCCAUCCAGCAGGAAUAAAAUGACUAAUAUAUGUGCGUACGUACUUGUUGUUUAACACAUUUUCGUCAGCAUUUGUUCCUAAAUAAAUCACAAGCUUGUUGUUUACUCGGACAAUUAAUUAUUCUAGGAGACGUGGACUCUAGAAGACAAUUUUCAGAGUGAAAUUGUGCAAUAAUUUGCAACAUUGCGAAUUUGUGGUGUGGUUAUAAAUACGGAAAGAAUUGAAUUUUCUCGUAUAGACGAGACGCCGGUUUUGGUUGCAAUUUGGACAUAAAGAAAACAACACAUUUCUAAAAUGUGGUGGACUCUGGGCCUUAUCGUGGCGACGGUGGUGCUUAUCUACCAACUCCUAAAGCUUUAUCUCACCAGAAAUAAUUCUUACUGGCCGAAAAGGAAUGUCAAGGUCGUCUACUCCUCCGAAGUAGCCACCUUAUUCGAACUUUUCACCAAGAAGAAAACCUUGAUCGGAAUGGAUCGCGCAUACUACGAAAAAUUUACCUCCGUGUCCUCCCCUCCCCCCAGAUUUGGGGGAAUUAUGGAAUUCCGCUCCCCCGUCUUAAUGGUCACCGAUUUAGACCUCAUUAAACAAAUUCUCGUCAAAGAUUUCGACCAUUUUGUCGACCGGCGACCCAUAAAUUUCGACGAACCCACCUUUCAAGAAACCGUUCUCAAUCUGGAAGGUCAAAAAUGGAAGGAUGUCCGUUCCGUGCUAAGUCCCGCGUUCACCACGGGGAAAAUGAAACAGAUGUUCGAACAGUUUAACACGUGCGGCAAAAAUUUCGUCCAAUGCGUCCAAAGUCAUCCGACCAGUGACAACGGACAUCUCGUCACCAUUCAAGAUGUCGUUAACCGUUUUACCGUUGAUGUCAUUGGCGCCACGGCGUUCGGCAUGGACACAAAUGCUUUGAAGGAUAAGGAUUCAGAAUUUUUGAAAAUGGCUCGAAAACUUUCGGACGUCACGAUGUGGAGGGUUGUUCGGAACAUUUUUAUAUUCUUUGUCCCGAAAUUUGCUAAAGUGGUGGGAUUGAAAAUUAUGGAUGCGGAAAUUAUGAACUUUUUUACGGGGAUUUUGCGAGCCGCGUUGUACAACAGAGAAACCACGGGCGAAAAGAGGAACGAUUUUCUCCAACUAUUAGUCGAAGCCAGAGCGGGAGAAUUGAAAUCUGACGGAACCGAGGAACUCGACACUUUCGAGAAGGACGCCGUCCUCAAAACCGAUCUAAAACCUGCGACAACUACGGGGAAAAAACUGUUCAUCGAUAAUCUCACAAUUGCGCAAAGUUUCGUCUUUUUUACGGCCGGAUUCGACACGGUGGGCGCUCUUUUAAAUUUCGCGGCCUAUUUGCUCGCCGUUCAUCAAGAUGUGCAAGAGAAGGUUUACGACGAAGUUAAAACAUCGAUGGAGGCGAGCGGGGAAGAAAUCGAGUACGAAACCGUGGUCAGAUUGGAAUAUAUGGACAUGCUCAUUUCAGAAAUUUUGCGCCUUUACCCACCCGCAAACCGGUUGGAGCGAAAGUGUGUCAUGGAAUACAAAAUUCCCGAUUCUGACGUGACCAUUGUGAAAGAUCAAAUCGUGGUCAUUCCUGCCGGCGGAAUUCACAUGGAUCCCCGAAUUUACCCAGAUCCCGAAAAAUUCGAUCCGGAACGAUUUACCCAGGAAAAUAAGGCCAAACGACAUCCUUACUCGUACCUCGCGUUCGGAAUGGGACCCAGAAAUUGCAUUGGGAUGAGAUUCGCAUUAUUCGAAGCGAAAGUGGCCAUCGCCUAUUUCGUGUACUACUUUCACAUCGAACCAACUCCAAAAACUCCAAUUCCGAUCAAAAUCGAUACAAAAGUGGGAUUAAACCGACCAAUUGCCAACUUGGAGUUGAAAUUCACGCCAAGAAUUCACAACUAAGAAAUCUCGGGUUUAUAAAUGUUUACAUAAAUUACUGGAAUUAUUAAAUAUCUAAUAAAUCACUAAUUACACAAUUAA